AUGGACGAUGCUUCGAUCUUGGACAAGGCUAGAAACUAUGUGAAACAACUUCAAGAACGUGUUAAAGAGCUAGAACACGAAGCUGAAUCCAACAAGAUUUGUCGCAACAAUAGUGAAAUAAGUAUUGAUAUUCUUCCUUUGGUCAAAGCAAAAGUGUCAAAAAUGGAAGUUCUCAUCACAAUCCACUGUGAGAAACAAAAUGGUGUCGUGCUCAAAAUAUUGACCCAGCUUGAAAAACUUCAUCUUUCAGUACAGAGUAGCAGCGUCUUGAAACUUGGAAAAUCCACUUUUGGCAUCACCAUUGUUGCCCAGGUACAUACAAUAUUUCAUAUAAAUGACUUAAGGGUCUAG